AUGGGGAGUGUUGAGGAAACCUUGAAAUGUCCUGUCUGCCAGGAUUUCUUCACAGAGCCCGUGACGCUCCAGUGUGGCCAUGACUUCUGUCUCACCUGCAUCCAGGCUGUCUGGGAAACUGAUGGUUCAAGCAAAGGUCCUCUCUUCUGUCCAGAGUGUCAGAUAUUUCUCCCCUCUGACCCGAAACUGGAGGUGAAUACUGGCCUUCAGACCAAAGUGAAGGACUUCAUCACAUCGUCAGCAGAACGACACGCAGCAACUCCGGGAAUUACAACUAAAUCCUCUGCAACUAUUUCCUGCGAUCACUGCAUAGAGACGCCAUCGGUGGCUGUGCGGACCUGUCUCACCUGCGAUGCCUCCCUGUGCCAAGCCCACGCCCUGCUGCACCAGCAGAGAGCCGCUCUGAAGGAGCACACAGUGGUGGAGGUGACCAGGGAUCCACUGUCUCUGAAAUGCAGAGAGCACCGUGACGAGCUGAAGCUCUUCUGCAUGGAGGACAGGGUCCCUGUGUGCUGUUUGUGUGUCCUGGUUGGUACGCACAAACACCAUAAAGCAGCUCAACUUCAGGAAGCCAGCAAAGACUUCAAGAAAAUAUUGGAAGCAACAAUGAGCCAAUUGCUUCAAAGGAGAAAUGAAGCAGAACACACCAUUAAGGAUUUGGAAUCACUGUAUACAGAAACAGUGAAGUCUGCAGCAGAUUUCAAAGAGCGGAUCUCGGACAAAUACAGUAGGAUCCACGUCGUACUAGACGGCGAUGAGCGUUUGAUGAUGCAGAUCAUAGAUGCAGAGGAGACGUGCAUGACGGAGUGGCUGGAGGCCCAGAGGGGCAUCAUGGAGGCUCAGAUCAAAGAGAUAGACAGAAUCAGAGCUUCAAGCAAAUCACUCCUACAGGAAACAAACGAUCUGCAAUUCUUACAGCAAAUCACAUCAAAGAACCUUUGUGAUCCUUUGGAUUUUGCACCGAUCGAGGAAGUAAAUAAAGAUCUGUGUGACCCAGAGAAGCUUAGAACGGUUGAGCGCCUGGUGGAUGACCUCUCAGUCGCUCUGUCUCAGCUCUUCCCACGAAUGUGGUCAUACUUGAGUUGUCCAGCUUUAGACACUGAAACGGCUCAUCCAAAACUGGAAAUCACUACAGACAGAAGACAAGUGUUUUGGAGACGGCAGCCCGUCAGUGAGGAAAAAAACCCUCGUCCGUAUGACUCACAGUACAGCGUCCUGGCUCAGGAGAGUUUCACGAAUGGCCAGCACUACUGGGAGGUCAUCGUGCAGGAUAAGCCUUUUUGGAUGAUAGGAGUGACAACUGGGUCAGUCAGCAAAAAAGAAAGCCUAAAUCUGACCUCCUCUAGCCUGGGUGUGAACAACACUUCUUGGUGCAUCUACCAUGGAGAUGGGCAGUAUCUGGCAUGCCAUGAUACCCAGGAGAAGCAGCUUUCAGUGGCGAAGAGUGUCAGAAAAUUGGGUAUUCUGGCAAAUCUCCAGAAGGGGGAGCUGUCAUUCUAUAACGCUGAUGCGAUGACUCUGCUUCAUUCAUUCUGUGUGCGGUGCUCAGAGCCUCUCUACCCUGUGUUUAACCCAUGUAUUGACAUGAAUGGAUUAAAUAGGCAGCCUCUCACUUUAUUCUGGAUUAAAGACCCCUGGGACUGGCAUUCAGAGGGGCGCACAAAUGAAACCAGUAGGGUGUCAUUAAACGACUGA